AUGGCUCCUAAAACCGCAAUUAUCAUUUACUCCCUCUACCAACAUAUUGCAAAACUUGCAGAAUCAGCCCAUUCUGGUAUCAAGGCAGCCGGAGGCUCCUCCACCAUUUACCAAGUCCCAGAAACCUUGCCUUCAGAUAUCUUGAAACGCUUGAAUGCUCCUGAAAAACCCGAUUACCCAAUUGCAAACCUUGACACUUUGAAGGACUACGAUGCUUUCCUCUUCGGAAUCCCUACGCGUUACGGGAACUUCCCAAGCCAAUGGAGAAGCUUCUGGGACGGUACUGGAUCGCUUUUCGCUACCGGUGCUUUACACCAUAAACCUGCUGGUCUCUUUGUUUCUUCCGGUACUUUGGGUGGUGGUCAAGAAACAACCGCAAUUAAUGCCUUAUCCACUUUGGCCCACUUGGGUCUCAUCUACGUUCCCUUGGGCUAUCUGCACGGUAAGUUUAACGACUUGAAUGAAGUUAGAGGUGGUUCUGCUUGGGGUGCCGGUACUUUUGCUGCUGGUGAUGGUUCUAGACAACCCUCAGAGCUUGAAUUGGAAGUUGCAAAAAUUCAAGGCCAACAGUUCUACGAAGCUAUCAAGAAGUUCUAA